AUGAACCUCCUAAGCAGAAGAGCCGGGAGCGUCAAGGCCGCUGUGGUCACCACCUCCUUGGUGGUCGUGUUUAUGUGCUGCGUCGACAGACAAGAAAAUGCUGUCAACUGGGAUGUGCAUGAACGGGAAGAACUAUCUCCAUUAAGCAAGGACUCCAAGAAACUACAGACUCGAGACAUCGUAACUCCAAGACUCCCAGACUGGGGAGAGUCUCCAGGAGUGGCCGGGCGGGGAACUUGGGUGCCUCACCUUUGUCCUCGUUACGGACAAAGAGGACAAAGGUCUCGGCUCGAAGUCUCGAGCCGAGACUUCGAGGCUCACCUAAAGCUCACCUGGACCCCACCUGACGAGGGAACCAUCUUCUUCACCCAGACUUCCUGCAGCACCUUCCUGUCGGCCCGAGAGGCUUGUGCUGUGGAGAGUGCCGCCCACCACCACCCACAACGCCUAGUUCUCGUUCUGAUGACCGCCCCCGCCGUCAAUCAGACCCAUCCACUCAUGCAGGUGUUGUCAGGGUUGAGGAGCGUGCGACUGGCCUGGCUGGACCUGGACGAGGUGUUUAGUGAAGAGCCUCUUAGGACCUGGCACCGAGACCGUGUCUGGGUCAUGGGUGAAGACCGCGUAGCUUGGGUAGUGAGCGACGCCGCCCGUGUGGAGGUCUUGAGGAGAUACGGAGGAACCUACCUUGACCUGGAUUUCAUCACUCUCCGCGCUCUGCCUCGCUCCACCAACUGGCUCGCACGGAUCCACGUCAACCUCGUCAACGGUGGAAUCCUGAGCUUCAGUUCGGGGCACCCGUUUCUUCAGGCAGUCGUAGCGGACAUCCCUUCAGUGUUUGACCCGGGCAUGUGUUGCAGCAUCGGUCCUGAUCUGAUCACUCAGCACCUCCAUCGUCGGUGUCCCGACAACGUCACCAUCCCCGCCUCCGUCACCCCCGACCAGUUCGAGAUCUGCGGCGACAUCACCGUCUGGCCGACAAAGCUCUUCUACCCCAUCCCUUACGGCUACCCGCAGUUCAGGACUGAGAGCAUCUUCACGGAGGGUAUGGGGAUUGGCGCCGCCUUCUUCAGCAGUACCAAGGCCGUUUCUCUCCACCUUACCCACUCUCUCACCCACAACACAGCCGUUAGUGUUGCUGGAGACUCCAUCCUUAAGGAGGCUGCCGUCAGGAACUGUCCACGAGUUGUGGAGGCUCUCAAGACGCAUAAUAUGGAUCUGUAAGGAACCAUU